AUGGAACAUCAGCUGGAGAAUAUUGGCAAAUACGUUCAAGACCGUUUGCCGUUGCCAUUGGAGGUGCCAGUCCAUUCUUUUCAGCCAGGAGACCAGGUGUAUAUCAGGACGUGGAAAGACGAGCCAUUAAAGCCGAAGUGGAGGGGACCAGUGAUGGUUUUACUCGCCACUUAUGCACCGGUGAAUGUACAAGGUGUCAAGCCGUGGAUCCACUACACCCGAGUGAAGGCAGCUCCACCCGAACGAGAAGGACCCCCUGAGAGUGACGCACUGGAAGCCGUCCCAAAAAGGACAGCGGUGGACAGCUUUGUGUUAGGAAUCUUUGCUAAAUACAAAGAAACCCCGAUAGUCAAAGCCAACAACCGGGACCUAUCAUUCAUCCUCCUCGUCUCUCUCUUGCUUUGCUUUUUAUCUUCCUUCCUGUUCAUCGGCCGGCCCAAGAAAGUGACUUGUCUUCUCCGACAAAUGGCCUUCAGCAUCAUCUUCUCAGUCGCUGUGUCUUCUGUCUUGGCCAAAACCAUCACUGUGGUGCUGGCCUUCCUGGCUACAAAGCCAGGGAACAGAAUGAGAAAAUGGCUGGGGAAGGGUUUGUCCAACUCCAUUGUCAUUUCCUGUUCCAGUGUCCAAGUUGUCAUCUGCACCAUCUGGCUGGGUGUCUCUCCACCAUUCCCAGACUCAGACAUCUACUCCCAGCCUGGACACAUCAUCCUGCAAUGCAAUGAAGGGUCUGUUGCCAUGUUUUAUAGUGCCCUUGGCUACAUGGGCUUCCUGGCUGCCAUUUGCUUCACGGUGGCUUUCCUAGCCAGGAAGCUGCCUGGGGCCUUCAAUGAAGCCAAGCUGAUCACCUUCAGCAUGCUGGUUAUCAAUAACAUGGGCUAA